CAUAAAAUAUUUAUUCAUGUAAAAGAAUGAAACUUUAUUUAUUAUGUUAAAUUGUACAACAUAAAAUUUCCAAGAUGAUGCAUUAUACACCUUGGAUCCAUCAUCAAGCGAUGUUGGACAAUCAUCAGUGUUAUACACCAUACAUGACUGUUGUACCAUCCUAUCCGCAUAAUAAUCAUGAACAACAGCAUAUUACAGAAGAAGAGAGCGAACAGACAGGAGACGAAACACAUGAUACAAUGACUUCUGCUACAUCGGGAGAACGUAGUUCUAGUGCUGAUAUAUUUAGAUUAGAAUUUGCAGCAGCCCAAUGGUCCAAACUAGUCUCAAAUGCAGAGGGUCUUUUUACUAAACUUAUGACAAGCAAUAUUUUACCUCAUACAGAACAAGAUCAGAUCGAACAAUGGCUCUGUAUGAAACAGGAAUACGAAGAAUGUAUUGCUAAUGAUGAUACAGGUAGCUUGCAGGGUUAUACGGAAAAUGCAAGAAGAUCAUUAGAAAGAAUAGAGGAAGUCACUGAAACCGAUGAAAAGACAGAUGAAUCUGUACAUCAAAUGGAAAGAAAGAUCAAUUUAAAUUGCACGUCUAGUUCAGAGAGUGAACUUUCUGAAACUAACGAUGAUGACGAAGAAGAGGAAGAGGAGGAAGAUCAUAGCGAUAUUAGUUCAGAAAACCCAGAUUUCUUAGAAAAAUUGGACGAAUGUAUGAAUAAACUUAAAAUAGAGACAGAUAGAAUAGUUGAUUCUAAAAGGGACGAAUUCAGAGAAACAAAUAUAGAGAUCAUUCCAGCUAUAACAAGAUCUAUAAAUACUAAUAACAAUUAUGUUCAUGCAGCUAGACCUGCUCCACUUAGAAAUCCAAAUUCCAGGAGGAACUCCAUGCUUCCUGGUUCUGAAAUGUGUAAUGAAGUAUUAGCCUUUAAUGAUAGCCUUAAACCUAACCAAAAUCAAAUGUUAGAUAAUAAGACAUCAGCAUUUACUAGUAUAAGAAUGUUAGACAAUCGUGAACCCGAAACAAUUAUUAAUGAAAAUCUAGCAAUACACAAUGACAAUUCACCAGAUUUAUUAAUAGAUGCUUUGAAAACAACAGAAAUGCCAGAACCUAUAAAGGAAUUAAAAACUUUGACAUUAAAUAAUGAAGCAAAACAAACUCAAGUAAAGAAAAUUCAAUCAGAUUUAGAUGGAGCUCAUAAACGUAUAGAAGAACUACAAACGACUAUUAAAAUCAAGGAAAAAUUCAUUGCAGACAUGAUAAAAAAUUCAGAUGCACGCGCCAGCGCAAAGCAGAAAUUUCAACGUAAAUGGAGUAAAUUAGAAGAAGAAUAUUAUAAUACAAGAAGUCAACUGGCUCAAGCAGAGAAUGCUUCUAUCUAUAAAGACACAGAGGAAAAGUCUGCACACAAAAAGGAGAUUGAGUUAUACAAAAACAUGGCCAUCCAUUAUGAGAAGAGAUUGAUGGACAUUGAAAUGAUAAAACAGAUUGCAGGUGAUUCUGCUAAAAAGGUCCUAGAACUAGAAAGUUCUUUAAAUACUUCUAAAAAGCAAAUGGAGAAAUUGAAAAAGCAAUUGAAAAAGGAGGAGGAACGUAAAAAACAAUUAGAAGAGGAAUUAGCAGAGGAUCAGAAAAAAAUUCGCGAUCUCGAGGAGAAGUACAACUUGACAGCUUCCAAGCUGAAGGAGAUGCAAUCGGAAAGCGAGGAUGAGAAAAAUAACAGUAAAACAAAAAUCGACUACUCCGAUAAGAAGAAAAAUCUGUUGGACGUUAGUGCGAGAAUAUCGCAUCUUGACCACGUUUUGAAAGAAAAAUCGAUGGAUUUGGAAAGGACUGCCGAUAUAGACGAGAAGGAGGCAUUGCGUCACGAAAUUCGAAAUCUACGACGCACCCGGGAUUGUUUGGUGGACGAGAAAUGUGAUUUGGAUGAAAAAUUUCAGAAGGAAAAGACAUUAUCCACUGUAGAAGAACGGAAAUUAUUGGAAUGCGGAGAAACUAUCGAGGCGAUUGAUGCUAUGAUCGAACAUAAGAACGAGAUGAUUUGCGGACGAAAGGGAUUCGAUGAAAAUCAGUCGCAGCGCGAGAAAGGGGAGAGAAUGUUAAUGGAGAGAUUGGCUAAGCUUUCGGAUGGUGAAAUGAGAACUUUGUUUUAUAAAUAUUUCUUGAAAGUAAUCGAUUUGAAGGAAAGUUCAAAGAAUCUCGAAGUUCAGACUGCUGAACUGGAAAGUCAUAUAGAAACACAGGAAUGGCAGAUACAAACGUUGACGAAUGCCCUGAAGCAGACUAAAUUAGAAGCAGAGAGACGAAUAGUUUUGAUGCAGAGGGAGCACGAGGAAAAAUUGCACCUCAUGUUUAGACACUUUGCAGAGGAGACGAGCAGUUCCGGUCACGAAAGACUGGACAAGGAUUCCGAACUUGCGAAAUACAAACGUGAAAAUAAAACUUUGAGGAAACGAUUAGCGGAUGUCGAGGCCCUUUUGAAAGGCCCAACGCACCCUCGUACAACUAGUCCAGCGAAAAUAUCGCAGCAAGGGUUAAAGCAAAUUGCACCGAGUAGUCGACCGACAACCAAAGUAACUAGACAGCGGAAUAAAUUAAUAAUACAAAAGACCACCGAUUGCGAUAAAAACAAGAAAUGAACUUCUCUAAGAUACAGUCUUUUCUAUGUUUUUCCACCAUUAGCAUUUACUUUUUAUCCUCUUUUUUAUCUUUUGUACAGUAUCUAGAUAUUACGUUAUUAAUUUAAUA